AAUUUCCAGUCUUCUUCUUCCUCCUCUUCAUCUCAUGAGGCCACCAAAAUCAACACACCCAGAAACGUUCUUCACUUCAAACUUCAAACCAUGCCCUCUGGCUGCAGCAUUAGAGCUCUCUGGAUAAUCAACAACCAUGACACUGUUGUCUUCUCCAGGAGGUUUCCGGUGGUGGAGAAGCGGUGGCGCUCCGCCUUCAAGACGGAAAACGAAAACACCGGCGGCUCAGAUCCUCCUAAACUUCCCACCGAUCAACAACUCGCUGUAGCUUUCGCUCGUAGAAAGAGACGAGAAGGCUCGAGCCGUGGAUACGGCUUACGUGUCGCUCAAUCCACGAAAGGAUCGGACUCAUGGGUCGACGAUCCCAUCACUCGUCACAUCAUCAGCCUUUCCUUAUUAUCUCAGGAGGAUAAUGAAUCUAACGAAAAUGAGGAGACGAAUAUUCUCUGGCCUGUUGUGCUUCACUCCAAAGCUCUAUAUCACAUCCUCGUUUUACCUUUGGUUGACCCAAAGGAGAUUAAAGACUUUGUGAACUUAUGUAAUAGAUCUGAUUGUGGAUCAGCUGUUGGUGAAGAUCUGAGUUUAUCAUCUCUCUUGCUCAACAUGUCUUCCAUCACUGGGGCUUUCAUGGUGGCACAUUCGUUUGGUGAUAUCAUCUCUGGUGAUACGGCUGAGCCUGAGGUUGUUGUAGCAGCCUCGCCAUCGGUUGGAGGAUUGUUUGAUUCAUUAACGGGAAGCAUUGGUAUGUCUUCGAGGCCGAGACCUGUAGCUGCUGCACCUGUUGCAUCUUCUUCCUCCCAGUCUGGUUCCUUUACAACCGGAGCUGCGGCAUCAGAUGCUCCUAAAGCAGGGAUGCUUGACAAAGACCUACUUAGAAAUUUCAUCGCUAGUGCUAUGCCCUUUGGUACACCAUUAGACCUCAGCAUUUCGAAUAUCUUUGCUAUGAAAGCAAAUGGCUUUUCCUCUGCUGAGCCUCCUCACCAAGACCUUAAGCAGCCAGCUUGGAAGCCGUACUUGUACAAAGGGAAGCAAAGACUAUUAUUCACAAUCCAUGAGACCAUUAACGCUGCAAUGUACGACCGAGACGAGAUUCCCGACAGUGUAUCUGUGGCAGGACAGAUAAACUGCCGUGCAGAGAUAGAAGGACUGCCUGACGUGUCCUUUCCUCUAGCGGGGCUGAGUAAAGCCCGCAUCGAGUCUAUAUCUUUUCAUCCGUGCGCGCAAGUCCCAGCACAUGGGAUUGACAAGCAGAACAUUGUAUUCCAGCCUCCCUUGGGUAACUUUGUUCUCAUGAGGUACCAGGCGGGUUGUGGGCUUGGACCACCAGUGAAAGGAUUUUAUCAGCUAUCGAUGGUGUCAGAGGACGAAGGUGCGUUCCUCUUCAAGGUGGGUCUCAUGGAAGGGUACAGGAGUCCUCUCUCGAUGGAGUUUUGCACUAUUACGAUGCCCUUUCCGCGGAGAAGGAUUGUGGCGUUUGAUGGGACUCCUUCAUCUGGGACUGUGGUGACCACAGAGCACUCUGUUGAGUGGAGGGUUGUGGGAAGUGGACGUGGUCUUUCUGGAAAAAGCCUCGAGGCAACUUUCCCCGGGACAAUUAAGUUUAGUCCGUUGAAGAGUAGGAGAAGCGGAGAGGGAGAUGAUGAUGACGAGAGUGACGGUGAGGGUACAGAGAAUGUGGUGAACGUGGAGGAGGUUUUGGUGCAGAAGAUGAACAAGGAUCUCCCAGCAGUUGAGAUGGAGGAACCUUUCUGCUGGCAAGCCUAUGACUACGCUAAGGUCUCGUUCAAGAUUGUGGGAGCAUCUGUAUCUCGAAUGUCCAUCGACACGAAAUCGGUCAAUAUCUAUCCAACCACAAAGUCACCAGUCGAGUAUUCUGCUCAGGUGACUUCUGGGGAUUAUAUAUUGUGGAACACAUUGGGGAAGGCUCCAUCAGCAGCUGUUGUGUAAUUCCUCGAGUCUCGACCUCAGUUCACUGGAGAAAAAAAGAAGAGUGUUUUUUCUGACAUGGGAACAUGUGUGACAUUAAGCCAAUAAAGUCGUGACUCUUGAGUGAAAAUGCGUUGAUAUGGUUUGCGAGGCAAGUCUUUACAUGCAUGAAGUUACUCCCUCUCGUUGUUUUCUGAUUGCGUGAGCGAGUUUCCAACGUCAUGCAGAGGUUAUGAAAGCGUCGCCGCAACGUAAUGCAGAGGUUCAGAUUCAAGAACGGUCCCUUGUUAAGGGAAUUUGACAAGGAUUGUGGUUACAAAUGAUCCCUCAUGUAGAUUGUAUUAACUUAAAGCAAAUUUUGUAAGAAAAUACAGAAUAACGCUCUGUUUAUCUUCCAGUAAAACAAGAUUUUACAA